GGAAGAUGGGAGACGGGGAAGAUGAGGGAGACAACACUCAUCCGCGGCUCAGAGGCCAUGAGACGGUAAAGGCGAUUACCGGGGCUCGGUGCUUUCACUUUGACAUGUCACGUUAAGGUAUGAUGACAGACAGUCACAUCCAGUGUGUCGGUCCACAGCCUGAUCAGAAAGCAUGGGGCUCAGGUUAAGCAAGGGGCAGCAGAGCCACAGGUUGGCGAUCUUUGUAGCCAUCUUCAUCGUGAUGACUCUCCUCAUCCUCUACGGUUCCAACAAUGUCAAUGAAGUUCCCUACGCCCCGUUCCAUAUGGCGAUCCACCAUACUGUCAAGACCACCGACCUGAAGAGGUGGUUUGGAAAAGACGGCUAUGUGCCAGUUUAUGGGAACAAGAGCAUGACCUUGCGCUGUCAUAACUGUGCGCUGGUGACGAGUUCUAGCCACGUCCUGGGAACCCGUGCGGGAGAAGAGAUCGAUCGUACAGAGUGUGUGAUUCGUAUGAACGACGCUCCCACGUUGGGGUACGAGGCCGAUAUAGGCAACCGGACAUCUCUGCGAGUCGUAGCGCACUCCAGCGUGUUCAGGGUGGUCCGUAGGCCUAAUGAGUUCCUACACCGCCCCGACAGUAACCCAUUUAUCAUCUUCUGGGGACCUCCCAACAAGAUCGGGAAGGACGCUAAAGGCACCUUAUAUAGACUGAUCCAGAGAGUCAGCAUGAUGUACAGUAACGUGUCAUGUUUCAGCAUCGCACAGAACAAGAUGCGGAAGUUUGACGGGCUGUUUCACAGAGAGACAGGGCGAGAUAGACAAAAAUCACACUCGUGGUUGAGUACAGGCUGGUUCACCAUGGUUAUAGCCAUUGAGAUAUGUGAUAACAUCAAAGUGUACGGGAUGGUUCCACCCAGUCACUGUGGAAAAAAGCCUGGAUCCAAAAAGAUGCCGUAUCACUACUACAAGCCCCGCGGGCCUGAUGAAUGUGUAACAUACAUACAGAAUGAGAGCGGCCGAAGAGGAAACCACCAUCGUUUUAUUACUGAGAAACAGGUAUUUGCACGCUGGGCGAAGCUGUACAACAUCACCUUCUCUCAUCCGACGUGGUGAAAAGACUCCACUGAAGAAACGGACUAAAGGGAAGAAACAACAAAGGAAACUCACAAGUGCUCAUGUAUUCAACUGGAUUUCACUGUACCUCCCCUGAAUGAGCCUUUGAAUAAACCACACAGUGAAUGAAUGACAGCCCUUGUUCAGGAAGCGCCGCGAAGAUGAAAAAGCUUUUGGAAAUCCCGUUAAUGAACCAAAUGAGCCGGGGAGUUCUCUGAGAAUUUUUUUCUGUAUCUCAGUUUUGAGAGCUUACUGAACUGUGUUGCACAUCACAAAUGCGGCAGCCGUCGGGAACGUGUUUUUUUGUAAAUAGAGAGAAAAUGAAUUUACAGAUGAAUUUUUACAUGUUUAUAGUAUUUUUGUUAAAACGUCUUGAAAAUGCACUGAAGGUUUCCCGGGAUGAGGUUUAGAGGAUUAGAUCUGACCAAGUGGCCUACAGAAUACUGCUCAGCUGUCCUCUGUCCCUCACGUGCACAUCAGUCAUAUAUUCAGUCUACAGUCUUAUCUUAUGCUUGUGAGGCCCACCAUACAGUAUUUGAGGAGCGUGACUGUGUUGUUUUGUCUUUUGUGCCAAUACCUUAACUGUUCUUGCACCAAUACCAAAAUUGUUUAUUUACUGGCAUCUUACUUUGGACAGUAUUAUCGUAAAACUUUUUUUUUUGUUUAAAAGCUUCAGUAAAUAUCUGAAUGCAGUGCAUCUACAUAAGUACAUGAAUAGUUUUGUAGGAUUAAAAUAAAGGGGAAAAAAGUCUAAUGGAUUAAAUACCAGCUUGUAUUACAGUUUGGUGCUAUAUAUAUAUGUUAAAGAGAGAUAACAGGGGCCUUAACGCAGUCCUUUGGAACAGAGGUCAGUAUUGGAUGAUCACACUGAGGAUAGAGGACAUCGAACAGCCUUUUAUCCACAGUAUAUUCAUUUAAUAGUACCAAAAAAAAAAAAAGUGGCAUUCAUAUUGUGCAUUGACGGGCUUUGGGCAUGUUAAAAUAAUAAUAAUAAAAAAAAAAAAAGAUUCAGGUAAAUCAAAUAAAUUAGAGAUACAGAUGUAUAGUAAGUGCAAAACUCCACUGUACAAACUGCUGUUUCCUGUUUUUCGCCUUCAUGGACCCUCUAUUGAGAUGUACUGAUGCUCUAAUGUAAACAUUUCGCUGCAUUAAAUGUUGAUUUCAUUGUUUUUUCAGACUAAAAUCACAACACUGUUCCCUCAUGAACGUGAACCGUUUUACCUCAGUGGCUCUACGGUGCAUGCAGUUUAGAUUUGGAUAGUCCACCAAAUGCAUCAUGGUCAUGUUAUGUAUUGGUACGUAUGUUUCUCUUAGGACUGCAUGAGUGAAUUUAAGGUGGAAUUGUGAUUUUCAUAUAAAAGCCUCAAGCAGAAAAACGUG